CGCUCCGGUUCGUCGAGCGCUGCCUUUUCGGUCCCCACGUGGGAGAGCUGACGAUGGCGGCCUUGGCGGAACCGGAGGCCCGCGGCCCGGGGAGCCGGGGCGGCCCCGGCAAAGGUCGAGGCCGUCUGGCCAAUCAGAUCCCUCCUGAGAUCCUGACUGACCCACAGCUGCAGGAGGCUGUCCAGGCCUUGCCUUCAAACUACAACUUUGAGAUCCCCAAGACCAUCUGGAGAAUUCGGCAAGCACAGGCCAAGAAGGUUGCCCUGCAGAUGCCAGAAGGCCUUCUCAUGUUUGCUUGUACCAUUGUUGACAUUCUGGAAAGGUUCACCGAAGCUGAGGCCAUUGUGAUGGGAGAUGUGACGUAUGGUGCCUGCUGUGUGGAUGACUUCACUGCCCGAGCCCUGGGAGUUGACUUCCUGGUGCACUACGGCCACAGCUGCCUGGUGCCCAUCGACAUCUCGGCCCAGGGUCUUCGCAUGCUCUAUGUCUUUGUCGAUAUCCGGAUAGACACUGCCCACUUAGUGGAUUCGGUCCGACUCACCUUCCCCCCAGCGACUUCCUUGGCCCUGGUCAGCACCAUCCAGUUUGUCUCAACUUUGCAGAUAGCUGCCCAAGAGCUGAAGACCGAGUACAAAGUGUGUGUCCCUCAGUGCAAGCCCCUGUCCCCUGGAGAGAUCCUGGGCUGCACAUCCCCUCGGCUCCCCGAGGAAGUGGAAGCUAUUGUGUAUCUUGGUGAUGGCCGGUUCCAUCUUGAGUCUAUCAUGAUUGCCAACCCUGGCAUUUCUGCCUACAGGUAUGACCCCUACAGCAAGGUCUUGUCCCGGGAGCACUAUGGGCACGAGCUCAUGCAGGCGGCCCGCCAGGAGGCCAUCAGCGCCGCGCGUUCUGCCCGGUCCUGGGGGCUCAUCCUGGGCACCUUGGGCCGCCAGGGCAGCCCCAAGAUCCUCGAGCACCUGGAGUCCCGCCUCCGGCCCUUGGGGCGCUCCUUCUUCCGCCUGCUGCUCUCCGAGAUCUUCCCCAGCAAGCUCGGCCUCUUCCCCCAAGUGGACGCGUGGGUGCAGGUGGCCUGUCCGCGGCUUUCCAUUGACUGGGGCACCGCCUUCCCCAAACCGCUGCUCACCCCGUACGAGGCUGCCGUGGCCCUCAGGGACGUCUCCUGGCAGCAGCCCUACCCCAUGGACUUCUACGCGAGCAACUCCCUGGGACCGUGGACCCCGAACUACGCGAGCCCUGGGCAGCGCCCGCGGCCACGCCCACCGUCCUCGGGCGCCGGCCAGCAGGUGAAGGGGCCGCCCGUGGCUCCCGAGACGACCGUCGGUUGCAAUGAUUGCGCCUGCCUCGAGGAGACAGCGCCUUCGCCCGCCCCCUGAAAGAGUAUCUCUUGG